AUGACUCAGGAUACACUGAUUGAAGACAGUGUGGAUGGGGACUUGCCCUCACGACUCCAUGCUAAGGAAUUCUAUGCUAAAUAUGAACCGAGGGAAAUAUUGGGAAAAGGUGUAAGUAGUACAGUACGUAAAUGUUUUGAGAAGAAAACAGGAACAGAAUAUGCUGUAAAGAUUAUUGAUAUUAGUGGUGAGAAGGGAGAAACCUAUCAAGUAGCCCAAGUUAAAAAAGAUACAUACAGAGAGAUUAAUAUACUACGUAUGUGUGCUGGCCAUGAUAAUAUCAUUGAACUUCAUGACUGGUUUGAAACACCAACUUUUAUCUUCUUAGUGUUUGAAUUAUGUAAAAAGGGAGAAUUAUUUGAUUAUUUAACAGAAGUUGUAUCUUUAUCUGAAAAACGUACAAGAAUAAUAAUGAGACAGUUACUAGAAGCUGUAUUGUUUGUUCAUGAUAAAGGCAUUGUACAUAGAGAUUUAAAGCCAGAGAAUAUAUUGUUAGAUGAUAAUUUAAAUGUUAAAGUAUCUGAUUUUGGUUUUGCUACAACUGUUACUGACCAUGAGUUAACAGGUAAAGAGGUUUUCUCUUUAUGUGGUACACCUGGGUAUUUAGCACCUGAAGUAUUAGCUGUAUCUAUGUAUGAUAAUGCACCAGGCUAUGGCAAGGAAGUGGAUAUGUGGGCAUGUGGUGUUAUUAUGUACACAUUAUUAUGUGGAUCACCACCAUUUUGGCAUCGAAAACAGAUGUUAAUGUUAAGAGCUAUUAUGCAAGGAAAUUAUUCAUUUGGUAGUCCAGAAUGGGAUGAUAUUAGUGAUGUACCUAAAGAUCUGAUAUCUAAAUUAUUAGUGGUUGAACCUAGUAACAGAUUAAAUAUUAAAGAAUGUUUAGCCCAUCCUUUCUUUGUAAGAGAGGUAAGUUACAGAGUAUUGGGUCCUCAGAAAAAAUUUUAUGCAAGAAGAGUGUUUAGAGUAAGUAUAGCUUCAAGAUACACUAGAGUUUCUCCAACAAAAUCAUGGUUGCUGCAGUGGCUCUAUGGUGCUGCAAUUAUAUGUGCAAGAUUUUUCUAUAGACUACACUUUUUCUAUACAAACCCUUUACCGAUCUCAAGUGAUGUAAUCAAAACAAAUCCAUAUAGUGUCAAAUUAUUUAGGAAAUUAAUAGAUGGAUGUGCAUUUGGAAUGUAUGGACAUUGGGUGAAAAGGGGAGACAAUCAGAAUCGAGCUGCUCUAUUUGAACAUGUGUUACGUGAUGAUUGGAAAACGACAGUAUUAUCUGCGAAUGCUCAGACCUAA